GCUCGCUCGCGGAGAGGACCCUCCGACCCGGCUGUGCGCAGCGUUCCCCACCCGGCCCUUCCUGCGCGCCCCUUGGGCGGCAGAGCCCGCCUGGACCUGCUGGACGCCACGGGGAGCGGCGGCCGGCGGAGCCUCCCAGGUCACUGGGAAGAAAACUCUUCAACAAUAAAGAGCCAUGGCUUUAAAAGUGCUUCUGGGACCAGAGAAAGCGGGCUGUGCCGCUGUCGUCGUACUGGCCUAUGUGGUGUGUGAAGUGAUCUGUGAAACGGGAGACUGCAGACAGCAGGAGUACCGGGAUGGGUCUGGAAACUGCGUUCUCUGCGAGCAAUGUGGGCCCGGCAUGGAGUUGUCUAAGGAAUGUGGCUUUGGCUACGGGGAGGAUGCCCAGUGUGUGACGUGCCGGCCGCACAGGUUCAAGGAGGACUGGGGCUUUCAGAAAUGCAAGCCGUGCUUGGAGUGCGCCCUGGUGAACCGCUUCCAGAAGGCGAACUGCUCCAUCACCAGCGACGCCGUCUGCGGGGACUGCUUGCCAGGAUUUUAUAGGAAGACAAAACUCGUCGGUUUUCAAGACAUGGAGUGCGUACCUUGCGGAGACCCUCCUCCUCCCUACGAGCCGCACUGUACCAGUAAGGUCAACCUUGUGAAGAUCCCGUCCACAGCCUCCAGCCCGCGGGACACAGCCCUGGCGGCCGUGAUCUGCAGUGCCCUGGCCACUGUCCUACUGGCCCUGCUCAUCCUCUGUGUCAUCUACUGCAAGAGGCAGUUCAUGGAGAAGAAACCCAGCUGGUCUCUGAGAGCACAGGACAUUCAGUACAACGGUUCUGAACUGUCAUGUUUUGACAGACCUCAGCUCAACGGAUCUGCUCCCAGAGCAUGUUGUCCCUGUCACCGAGACCCAGCCCAGACCUGUGGGCCGGUGCACCUGAUCCCGUCCCUGUGCUGUGACGAGGCCUGCAGCAGUGACCGGGUGACUCUCGGUUGUAGAGGGCAUUCCAAGACCACUCUUCAGGAGAGACACGCAGGUGCAGUGGGGGAGACCGUGCCCACGUUCUUCGGGUCCCUUUCGAGGGCCAUCUGCGGCGAGUUUUCAGAUGCCUGGCCACUGAUGCAAAACCCCAUCUGUGGUGACGACGUCUCCUUUUGUGACUCUUAUCCUGAACUCACCGGUGAAGACAUUCAUCCCCUCGAUCCAGAAGACCAAAGCUCAUGCUCCUUGGAUUCAAAUGGUGGUCAGGAUUUGGUUGGUGGAGCUGUUCCAAUUCAAGCUCGUUCUGAAAACUUGACAGGAGCUACUGAUUUCUUGAGACCUAACCCCUCCCUGACGGAAGUGGCGCUCACUCAGGACACACUGACUGCCACACGCCAGCUGCCUCAGGAGGGCGACAACAUCAUCGGCCUGAGCCCCCAGACGUCCCUCCAGUAGAAGAAUAUGGAUGGAACCCAGCAGGCACUUAACUCCUCCGCUUGGGCUUCUAAGGGCUGAGCACAGUCUGGACCUCGCAUGGCUUCUAGGGGGAAAGAAAAUAAAUCUGAACCAAACUGAUGGCAUUUUAAGCCUUUCAACCAGUUGCUUCUGAGCCAGACCAGCUGUAAGCUGAAACGUCAAGGAACAACAAGAAAAGACUCCAGGCACUCACGAUACUCUGCAUCUUUCCUAAACAAGAAGCUUGUACGCCAUGAGCGUGACUUCAAAGACCGGCGGGUCGAGUCUGCAGCCUGCAGGAUUAUGAGCGUGUAACAAGAAACAGAAGUGCGUCCGUGUGUCUUUUCAUGGCGAAUGUGGUUUUACCAGACUGAAGACCCAGGGUCUAAGUUUUCAUUGACAUUUUCUUUCCAGAAAUAAUUUCACAUAGCCGAUUAUCCUCUUAAAAGUCAACAGCAGAAGUUUCCUUAGUUUUUAUGUAGAAUGGUUCAAAAUGAGCAGUUCCAUUUGACGAAGUUCACGUUUUCAUCAUCCUAUUUGCUUAGGAGGCGAGAAUUGACUUCACACUGCCCGCCUGAAUCACGGGUUUGUUAGGUGAAGUUAACUGGCCUGACUAGGAAUCAGAGGAGAGCAAGUCUUUUCUGGAAUUGACACUUGUGACCUCGGCCACUCGUCCCAGAAACCCUGCUGGACCUUGUAACGGGAGGGGUCGGGCUGGGAGAGGGGUGGGGAAAAAGCCGCUCACCACCCUGCCUUAAAGCCCACUUAGCACACAUACCGUAGAGACCUGUAUACACUGAUGAACGUAUUUCUGUGAAAAUCAGUUGAUCAGGAAGCAUGUGUUACUUCUAUCCCUGUGACUGGGCUUAAGAGAUUCAGAAUUUGUCCUGCAUAGAAAAGUGAUAUUUAUAAAGAUAAUGUUCUUUCCCUUCUCGCCCUCCUCCCCCCACAUCCUGCCUCUGACAACCACCAGUCUGUUCCCUGUACCUGUGAAUUUGGUUUUGGUUUGGUUUUGUUCAUUUUGCAUCGUAUCUUACACUAAGGGCUUUAGAAAUACACCAUAUCAGGCUCCCCUACUACUGAGAUGUAACACCAAGUGAGUGGUCUUAUGAGACUGAAUUACAUACUCAAAAAGAAAGGGCACAAUUUGUAGAUGGCAUGUAGGUGAGCAGUUCGCAACUGCCCUUAGGUCAUCUGACCAAGUACCACGGGGUUCCUUCCGACCGUGUACAUUUCGUUUGCACCAUGAUCCCGUCUUAGCCAGUGAUGCUGGAUUUAAGUGCUUCAUUCCGGCACCCCAUCCGUUACCUGCUUGGUAGUUACACACCGGAAUUAUCUCUACAGCUCAGACAGAAAUGAACCCAGUUCAGUCAUGAAUCAGGGGAUGGCUCAUUUGCUCUUAAUCUUUAUGCCCUGGAGAGGAAUUACUAGAGUAGGAUUUAUUUGUUUCCUACUUGAAUGUACAGGAUCAGUUCACUGAUUACUAUUGCCUCUGUCACACUUGCACUUAAAAAAGAAAUAGAACAUGGUUGCGUUUGAGUGCGCUAAAAUUCUUUGUUUCACAAUUGCCCCACCCAAAUCAGUGUCUUGUACCUAACAUUGAAAUCAAACUUUAAAAAAAAAGUCCGUCUUUCUCAGGACCUUGUUAUCUUCUUAUUUAUUAAAACCAUGCUUUCUGCUCCUUGCAAGAUUUUAGGGAAAUCUAAUGAGCCCUCGUCCUCGUGGCUGGGCCAACAUUCCAAUGUGUGUGAAUUCCCAUGGCCUCCGUUCCAUUAUCCAAAAUAAGAAAUUGGAGUAGUCUCAGGGUAGUCCAUAGUCUUCUGUGUCUGUUUAAUACCCAGUCAUAAAUGAUUGGCUUUUCCUCCUUUCCUUUUUUUUUUUUUUUUUUUUAGCAUUACCCAGUAGUCUUUCAAGUAUGGUAACUCACCAGCUCUUAGAAUUCUGAGUCAUCUUUAGGAAAGUUGUGUAAAAUAUUUAGGAUCUGACCACAAGAUGUCUGUGCACAUGCACACUAGUUUCCUUGAGUGGCUUCCCCGUAACUCACAUAUGUGUGCCAUUGUUUGCAAUCCAAAAGUUUUGUUUUGACAGAGGGAUGAUCAAAGUAGGCCGGGGCUAUGCCCCUUCUGGUGACCCGAAUAUAUUUUCCACAUGUAGAAACCUUCCUCGACUUCAAAGACAAAUAGUUGCUGGAGAGAAGCUUGGAUCGAUGGGAACGAGACUGUGGCCCCCAAACCCCGAAACAUCGCUUUUGAUCAGUAGGGAAAUGCUUCGGGUGGAAAUUCAAUUUCAUGUGAUGUGGCAUUUGAAAACAUCCUGGGUUAUUUUAUCAGGAGGAAGUCAGUUUACCACCACGGACUACAGAAACAUACAAUAAUGUUAGAUUCUUCUAUACUUUGGGUAAACACUUGAGAGGAAAAUCCCUUCUGUUUCGCACAGUCAGAGCACCCCUGCAGCCCGCACAUGGACUGUACCUGCUGGGAUACCGAUGCUGGGAACUCUUCGUCGGGUACCAAGAAGGCCGGGAGUGAGAACCGGUGUGACUUCUAACGCUGCGGACACCCACCAACAAGAAUGAGGCAAGGAUUUGGGGAAUGACCAUGUAAAGGCAUGGGCUUUCUCAUUUUGUGUAUAUGGAAUAUAUUUUUCCAGUAUAGAUUUUUCUACUCUAGAUAAUGUGGUCAUGUUGCUAUUACCUAGUUAAGCUCUAUUGCUUGUGCCAGUAAAAAAAAAAAAAUGAAAAGAAAAAGGAAAACAGUCCAUCAUUGCUUGAAAGUCGCCAGCUUGAAUCAGUUUAGAUUUCAUCACUGCUAUUUUACAUACUGGAAUUUAUAAAUUUGAAUAUUUUCAUUUUCUUACACAAAUAGUUUUGUAAUAGCUUUUUUUUUAUAUGUGAAUAAAAUUGUUACCUGGUGUUCA